AUGUCGAAUUGGCACGUCGACGUGGGCCCGCUGCUCCGGUACGAUACGGUCGAUUCGCGUGGUAUCUACCAUGCAUUUGUGCUUCUUGUGACGCAGCAUACCGCCGCUACUAUGCCGCGCGCUCCGCCCGUGCUGCAGUACGUGCCGCUGGCAGACCAGAAGCCGACAGGUCCGCCAAUGCAAACACGCGGACUGCAACUGGCUCAUGUAUUUUGGCGUUUCAAGAUUGAGAUCCAGAUGCUUAGGGUGCCUCAGUCAGUGGCCUACACGGUUGUCGGUGCGACGGACCUCGUUGACUUCCACGUGCCCGCAUACCACCAAAACUUCCGCUGGGCCACCUAUUCAUGCGCUGGAUUUAGCGCCAGUGUAAAGCCGGAUGACUUCAACGGCCCGGAUCCUAUGUGGAACGACCUGCUGAUUGAGCACGCCAAGAACCCCUUCCACGCGUUGGUGGGUGGCGGCGAUCAAAUCUACAAUGACCAGGUCGCCAAGCAGGAAGGAAUUCAGCAGAACAUAUUUAUGGCAAAGAAAGAGACAGCUGAGGGCGAGGAGAUUCCCCUGGAUCCUCGUUACAAGCAAGUCAUUGACCGGUUCCUGUUCACGAAUUACGUCAAGUGUUUUGGAUCGGGUGCGAUGGCGCGCGCCUUUUCGCGCAUUCCCAUGGUCAACAUGCUCGAUGACCAUGACCUGAUCGAUGGUUUCGGCACAUACGCUGAGGACCUGAUGCAGUCGCCCUUGUUCAAGCUGAUCGGCUCGCGUGGCUACUUCUUCUACCUGUUGUUCCAACAGUUUAUGAACGACGAGGUGGAUGGCGUGCUCAACGAGAACACGACGAAUCCGAACCCAACGCAGUUCAGGUCGCUGAUCAUCGGUGGGCCCGGCUCGUACAUUGCCUUCCCCACGCACUCAUUCCUUACUUGGAUGGGUCCGAAGCAGCAUUUGCUGCUGGUUGACUGUCGUGCGCAGCGCAAGAUGGAUCAGGUGUGUGCGGAAGACACGUACGAGCGGGUGCUUGAGGCAUGCAUGAACCUGCCUGAGACGGUGCGCCACCUGAUCAUCCAGCUGGGCGUGCCCAUUGCCUACCCCCGCAUGGUGUUUUUGGAGAAGAUGCUCACAAAUCGGUUUAAUCCUUUUGUGAAGGUGGCCAAGACCGCCUCGCCUGGGUUUACCAACAACUUUGACGGCAGUGUGGAGAUCCUGGACGACUUGAACGAUCACUGGUGCUCUCAGCAUCACAAGAAGGAGCGCAACCAGUUCAUCGAGCAGACGCAGACACUGGCCCAGGAGAAGAAGAUGCGCAUCACUUUCUUGAGCGGAGAUGUGCACGCAGCCGGCUGCGGCGUCUUUAGCUCGGAAACCGACAUUCGACCCGAGCAGGACUACAAGUACGCGCUGGCCCUGAUCACGAGCGCCAUUGUGAAUGCGCCGCCGCCGCCUGCGGUGAUUAAAGUCACGAACAAGCUGGCAACGAAGCAACACCGCUCGCUGCAUUACCUCGGCACGCGUGAGACAAUGCUCCCUCUCUUUGAGUUUGACCUGAACGACAAGCCCAACAAGCAGAAGUAUAUUAUGGGGGCCCGCAACUGGUGCACAGCGGACUUUGAUGAAUCGACGAAUGAGAUCUUGUUCCACUUGCGCGUGGAGAAAAAGCAGGGAUCCGGCCGCGCGAAGGAAUACUCAGUGAAAGCACCUGCGCCUCUAUUCUAA